AUGGCCUACUCCGGCCCCGAUAUCGAACAUGGCGCAACCUCAAUCACGACCGCCAUCCAUGGCGGGGUAUCUCCCCCCUCCGUCAAUCGAACGGAAUUCGGGACCGACAAGCUGUCGCAACGGUCCGGAGCUUCAGUCGCAGCCGUCCCUGAGAAAGGCGCCGUAAUCGACGAUAGUGAAGGGUCUCUCGACAACGGUUCGACCAAACCAGUCUACGAUCAUACCCACCGGAAGCUCAAGCCUAGACAUAUCCAAUUGAUCGGUAUCGGCGGUACUAUCGGCACGGCCUUGUAUGUCCAGAUUGGAAGUACUCUGAUCAAAGGAGGACCCGCGAGUUUGUUCAUCGCAUUCUCCAUAUGGUUUGUGGACUACAGAUGCAAAAAGAGAUAUAUUCUGGAAUCACUAGGUCUGGCCGAAAUGGUCACAUACUUGCCCAUCUCGUCGCCCUUUAUCCGGUUUGCGGCGCGCUAUGUCGAUGACGCCUUCGGGGUCGCAGCAGGGUGGAAUUUCUUCGUCUUCGAAGCUGCUCUGGUACCCUUUGAAGUGACUGCAUGUAAUUUGAUCAUCAAUUACUGGACUGACAAGAUUCCAAUCGUGGCCGUCAUUGUGAUUGUACUAGUGCUCUAUAUACUUCUGAACGUAUUCGCCGUGCAAUGGUACGGCGAAGCGGAGUUCUGGCUUGCCUUGGGAAAGGUCCUGUUGAGUGUGGGACUGAUCUUCUUCACCUUCAUCGUGAUGGUGGGUGGCAACCCGCUCGGUGAUCGGUUCGGCUUUCGAUACUGGAACAACCCUGGCUCCUUCGCCGAGUACUACAAGACCGGCGACCUUGGUCGUUGGCUAGGCUUCCUUGCAUGCUUGAUCCAGGCCAGUUUUACCAUCGCCGGACCGGACUACGUGUCCAUGGCCGCCGGUGAAACCGUCAACCCUCGAGGCGUCCUCCCUAAGACGUACAACGGGAUCUUCUACCGACUCACGGCAUUCUUUGUUCUGGGUACCCUGUGUGUCGGGAUCCUCGUCCCUUACAACGACGAAGCGCUGGCCGCCGCGUACGAGAAGGGUCUGCCUGGCGCAGCCGCAUCGCCAUACGUGGUUGCGAUGGACAGACUCCACAUCCCCGUUCUUCCGCAUAUCGUCAACGCGAUGGUGCUUUUGGCUGCGUUCAGCGCCGGAAACAGCUACGUCUACUGCGCCAGCCGCAGUCUGUACGGCCUGGCGUUGGACCGCAAAGCGCCCCGGAUUUUCACCAAAUGCACAAAGUCCGGUGUGCCUAUCUACUGUGUCGCGGUGGUCUUGCUGAUUGCACUCCUCGCCUUUUUGCAGGUGUCUAACAGCUCCUCGGUGGUUCUGAACUGGUUUGUGAAUUUGGUCACUGCGUCCCAGCUGAUCAACUUCACCGUCGUCACCUUCACCUACACGCGGUUCCGCAAGGCUCUCAUCGCGCAAGGCGUCCCCCGGCACACGCUGCCCUACCGCAGUUACGGCCAGCCGUAUGUGGCUUAUGUCGCGAUGACAUGUACCCUCGUCAUGACGUUUGUGGGUGGAUACACUGUCUUCCUCCCGGGCGAGUGGGAUAUCCCGACGUUCUUCUUCUCGUAUACGAUGAUUGGCGUCUUCCCUGUCCUCUAUUUCGGGUGGAAAUUCUGGCACAAGACCAAGUUCCGGUUGCCGGAAGAGAUCGAUAUCACCACCGGAGUGGAGGAGAUUGAGGAGUACCAGCGGAAUUAUGUUCCCACCCCGUCGAGGUUCGCCGAUUGGAUCUUCGGAUGA